UACUAGGCGGUGCCGAGCGAAUGUUCGAUUAAAACAUUGUUUGAAGUUAUAAGUUAUAGUUUAUUUUUGAAACAAAUCAUGUAUUAAUUAAACAUAUAAUAAUCAAGAAACCAGUAAACAAUGCCUUCUGUGAUAAUAAAUAUUUUAAUAACUUUGUUUGUGUCUGUGAGUGGCAGUUACUAUGGAAGUCAAGGUGUUAGUAAUGGUAUAAUUCAAGAACCAAAAAUAGAAGGGCAGGACUUAGUAACAUGGUGCACCACCUCAAUACCUGAACAAGAGAAGUGUGAGAAACUUGCUAAGGCAGUUCUGCAGGACAAAGGGUUAUUUGGAAAGAAUUUUAUCGAAAUAAAGUGUAAAAGAGCUUUUGAUGUUGAAGAAUGCAUGUCAUGGGUUGAUCAAGGCGAGGCAUCACUACUGGCUCUAGAUGCCGGUGAAGUCUAUGUUGGUGGCAGAUAUCAUUCCCUUGUCCCGUUGCUACAAGAGGUAUAUGGAGGUGGCGAACCAUACCAAUAUGCAGUGGCGGUGAUCAAGAAGGGCGCACUUCCUCAGGUUCAACGCGGCACUGGCUUGUCUGCACUGCGGGGGGCGAAGGCCUGUUUCCCAGGAGUUGGAGCACUGGCGGGAUGGGUCAUGCCUAUACAUACUCUGAUUCGAGAAGGUGGCUUGAAAAUAAAAGACUGCAAUAACCAUGUGAAAUCUGCUGUUGAAUUCUUUGGUGAAUCGUGUGCGCCCAAUUCCCUGAGGGAUAUGUACAACCCGAUUGGAGAUAAUUCUGAUAAACUAUGCAAGCUAUGCAGUGGCGGGGCGGGUGUUCGAUGCACGUUAGCAGACCCUUACGCCGGCUACGAAGGUGCCAUCAAAUGUCUGGUCAACAACGGCACUGGUGACAUCGCAUUCGUUCGUGACACUACCAUACAGCACACGAUACUAUCACACAAGAUUGUAGGUGGCGUGACGGAAGCAGAUUUCGAGUUGAUAUGUCGAGACGGGGGUCGAAUGCCAGUGACCCAAUGGGAGCGUUGCAACUGGGGCAGAGUACCAGCAGACGCGGUCGUUACCAGCAGUGUUGCAACGCCCAAGCAGAGAACAAAAUAUCAAAACCUAAUAAUGACCAUAGUCGAGUUGUACGGUGAGCCGAAUACAAUGAACAAGAUGUCAAACCGCAGCGAUGAGUAUCAGAAGGACGCGUACGGGAACUGGCUCUCGUCCACCGAACCAUCGAGAUAUUACGAUCAGUUUAGAAGAACACAACAAAAUGAUCGCAUAAUCGAUGAUAAGAGUUCUACAAUGUCUCCCUUCAAACCGAGGACAGAUGGUUAUGGACAGCCAAUCGAACUGCCGUUCAAAUUGUUCCGGUCUGAUGGCACCACAGACCUAUUGUUACAGGAUGCGACGAUAAGUUUCCGCGUGCUGAAGGAAGAGGAACAAGCAGCGCACCACAUACUAAACAAUAAAUACGUCGGCGACCAAGCAGAGCGAGCCGUGAUGGGCAUCAGAGACUGUCCGGUGAAACGAGCCACGCUGUGCGUCACCAGCGACCCGGAGAUGGACAAGUGUGUCAAAAUGAGGGUAGCGCUCAAGGCAGCUUUUUUGUCGCCGACGCUGGUUUGUUGGCGGGGGCACAGCGCUCGACAUUGCGAGCGGGCGAUCGCGGAGGGAACUGCUGACUUUGCCCUCUUCGAUGCUGCUGACAUGUUGCACGCGGCAUAUAAAUACCGACUUGUUCCGUUCAUGCAAGAGGUAUACUCUAGCGGUGAAAACUUCUACUAUGCGGUAGCUGUGGGCAAAGAACAAGACCCGGACACAGAUCUGACAUACUUGCGAGGCAAGAACACCUGUCACACCGGCAUCGGAAUGGCUGCUGGUUGGAUCUAUCCGCUGGCUUACCUGCUCUCUAAUGGUUGGAUGAGACCGUACGGGAGCGACGGUGCGCACGCCGCGUCGCAGUACUUCUCCAAGUCGUGUGCGCCCGGCGCGCUCAGCUCCGAGUACGUGGACUCUGGCACCGUGCCUCACGACAACCUGUGCCAUCUGUGUCAUGGAGCUUCGUUCCGCCGCUGCCGUAGAGACGCGAGCGAGGACUACUACGGGCACGUGGGGGCUCUGCGCUGCAUGGUGGAGGGCGGCGGAGACGUGGCCUUCGUGAGGCACACGGCGCCGGCUGAGGUGUCGGGCGGCCGGCGGCGGGAGUGGUGGGCCAGGGACCUGCUGCCGGCAGACCUGCAGCUGCUGUGUGUCUCUGGCACCCGAGCUCCCAUCCACGAGUACAAGAAGUGCAACCUCGGUAAGGUUCCUGGCUCCGUGCUAAUGGGGCGCGCAAACCACACCGAGCUCGACACCUUCUCCAACCUGAUGCUGUACGCGCAGCAACUCUACGGAGCCACAGUCGAUGAUGAUUUCAGUUUCAGCAUGUUCUACUCGCAGCCGCCGUUCGCCGACCUGAUAUUCAGCGACGCGGCCGUCCGCCUCAAGCCGCUCGCUCACAGCCGGCGCUCCGCACAGCUGGUCGCGGGCAAGUCGCUCCCACGAGCGGCCCGGCUCGUGUCGUCGGACGCGCCGACUUCGUCCGCCUACAUCGCGUCCGACCCCGACUUUUUGUCGCACGCCUCGCAGAACGCGCUGGGGAAUUAUCUCGCUGUUGUGAUAUUCUUCAUACAGUUGUUUGUCAUUCAGUGAAUUAGAUCGAUCUGUGCCGUUUAUGUAAUGCAAUACAAACAAAUACGAAUAGUUUAUUUUGUCUAAAAACUGUGUGUGUACUUAUGUAUGCACGCAAGAAGUUAUAAUUCUUUGGCCUAAAAAAUCAUCGAAAAUCCUUAAAAUUAUUCAUUCCUCAUGCUAUUCUACGUUUGUAGAAAGAACAGUAUUGUAAAAACCUUGCAACGAUAGCUUUGACAAUUGAAAAAAUAACGAAUACGGAUGUACAGGCUUGAACCCUUUGCCUAUCCUAUAAUGGACGAAAAAGACGGUAUUCUACAACAAAACCAUGUAUAACAUACGAGUAAUACCAACUAGAAAACAUAUUUCAACAAUCAUAGUACAAAUAUUAAAAGAAACCUUACAUACUUAAAUUUGUUAAGUGCAUCUAGAGAAGUUGGUAAUGCUUCCUAGACUUCUUUCAUAAACUCGUCACAUACAGACAGUAGGAUUAGGCCUUAUUCCAAAAAAUAGCUGUUCUGUGAAUAGUAGCUAUGUAGUCUACAUUAUGACAACAGGUACAUGGCUGAGCUCUAACUCCCUAAGUAUUCCUGUGUUUACGAUAUUAGUAUCUCCCCCUGCAUCAGUGAGUUAUCACAUAGUUCUAAGAAUGUGUAGCAAAAAUAGAUUUUAGUAGAAUAGGUUAGUAUCACACAUAAGCAAUAUUAGCUUUUACUUUUGAAUAUUUGUUUAUAUAUUAAAUUAAAACCAGGCAGGUUAAACACAAUAAGUUCAUUUGAAUAUUUUUGUGGAACUAUUUUAUGUGAUCUGUUAAUCCAAAUUAUGAAUAUUGGAUUGUUUUUCAAAAUUGGUUAAAAUAAAGUAUAGGUCACAAUUCACUGAACAAUAUAUCUUAUUGUAAUUUUUUAUACUUUACGACUUUUACCAUUUCAAGUAAUAAUUUGUGGUCCGUAUCGUCACUUUUAUUGUCGAUAACCUGCAUGUUUGAAAAACUGAUCACUUAUAUUAACCAACUUUUUAAACUAUCUAGAAAAUUCAAAAUAAGAAACUAAUAUUUUUCCAAUUUGAGGUGUAAAUUCAAAUGAAGCAUUUGAUCAUAAAUAUGAAUUUCGUCCGCUACAAAAUAAUAUCAUAAACAUUUGUUUGUUUUGCAUUGCAUGUAUGCUAAUUUAAUCAUAUCAGCUGUUUUAUUCGUAAAAUAAUGAGUAAUCAAUAUUAUAUAUAAAUGUUGUUUAAUAUAACUAUUUUGUGAAUUCUCGUUUGCUAACAUAUUUAUUGGGUUACCUGAAACAUUCAUAUUGUAAUGAUAUGAAUGUUUCAGGUACUCAAUGAAUUGACUCAGUGUGUCUGUCUGCGACUUUUAUCGCAUGGUACAUUCAAGAUGAUUCGUCUACUAAUGCUUAAACCUUACUUAAGCCACCAUGACACGUAAUAGCCUUUUUACGCGUAAUUCAGAUUAUUUUGAUAAAAUUAUGACUCUUGUCAAUCUAUAGUUAAAUGAUGUAUGUACAAACCAUUGUAUGAUGUUCUGUUUUUAAAUAAGCCAAUAUUUCGUGUAUAUUUUGCUAAUUAAUCAAUAUUUAGGUUAAAUUUGUGGUGUUUUAUAUUUUAAAUAUAGUGAGUAGCACAAAUAACAUUAACUUAUAUUUUUGCAUAAUGCUCUGAUAAUAAUCAGACAUAGAGAUUACGGAGAUAAUGUUAUGUUAAAGUAUAAUACAUACUUGAAAUCAAGGUUUAUAAAUUUAAUUUGAUAUAUUUUUAUGAGCAGCUGUUAUUUAAAUUUAAAAUAUUUUUCUACUUAUAUUGUGCACUAUUUUAGUUUGUAAGUGAAAAUGACAUUAGUUUAGACUUUACUAAAUUUAUCUGACAUAUUUUGUGGAGUAUAAAUUUUGACUAAUCCAUCCAUAAGUGCCUGAUUUUUUUAUAUUUAAACUUUUAUUUAUAAGAAUAUAUAUAUAAAAUAUUUGUAUUUGUAUUAAAAGCUAAUUAUUGUACUCCGUCCAAAUGAAUCUUGAUUAAAAUGUUUCACAAAUAA